UUUGUUCCAUUGAAGUGCUCGAUUCCCAGUCCAUUGCAUGAUCUUAGGAUCCGUGAGGAGUGGCAGCAGAGCUUCCGCGUCCGAGACGUAGAAAGUCCUUAGACGAAGUCUUUCUGUCUCGAUAAUGGUAUGCUUGGGCUGUACCAGUAUAUCGUUCAUGGCCUCAGCCAUACUGUCGAUCGUGCAAUCGACACCUUGUUUGUCAUGUGGUGAGGAUAGUUAGUGAGUUGUACGCUUCGAUCAACGCCAUUACCACAGAUCGUACAUCGAAGCAGACGAUAUGCUGGCACCGCGCGUGGUGAAAAGAAGCGAUGGAGGUGUUUGUAUCACGAAAAAGGCAAAGGCUCUCAUCGGAGGCCGAGCCCGUCAAAGAGCAGACGCUGGGUGAAGCGGCCGAGGGCGAGUCGACAGACUUCAAACUUGCGAUACUGGCCUCUCUACACCUAGACCGUAGCCAAGAGAUCCUCCUGGACUAUCUGCUGGCCUAUGAUGGCUCGGUGGAGCGAGCCUCCUCCGCACUGGCGUUACCCGCAAUGAUGGAUUCACCGCGCAAGCCGCCAGCUGCGAAUGGCUACCAAUCUUCGCUGUCUAGCUUUGCCAGACCGAGCAGCGACGAGGCGGUGAAGGUCGGCACGAAAAAGGCGCUUACGAAGAAAGGGAAGACGCUGCACCUCUAUGCGCCCGAAGAUGUGGAGGCGCACACGCCAUGCUCAAUCAUCCACAACUUCCUCCCCCAAGCAGAGGCAGACGCGCUACUGAAGGAGCUUCUUGUCGAGGCGCCGAGGUUCAGGAAGGAGACAUUUCAGCUGUUUGACAAGACGGUAGAGUCACCGCAUACCAUGCGCUUCUAUGUUGAUAGCCUGGAAGAACUGCAGACGCAGAAGACGGCUUACGUGUACAACGGGAGCUACGUUCCGGAUGUAGCUCAGACGACGCCGGAGAUGCUGAAGGUGUCUGCUCGUGUGCGUGAUGCCGUCAACGACGAGAUACAGCGUCGCGUACAUGGCUCCACGUCAGACGGUGUAAAGCUCAAAUUCCAGUCUCCGGAUGAGUGGAAGCCUAAUGCAUCCUUCGUAAAUUGCUACGAUGGAGCCCGAGAGAGUGUAGGCUACCACUCAGACCAGCUGACCUACUUGGGGCCACGAGCAGUCAUUGGUAGUUUGUCGUUGGGCGUAGCGCGCGAGUUUCGCGUACGAAAGAUCGUGCCGCAAGCGCAGGAUGGCUCGUCUGCAGACACGCAAGGCCAGAUUGCCAUCCAUCUCCCGCACAACAGCUUACUCGUCAUGCACGCCGAGAUGCAGGAAGAGUGGAAACAUGCCGUCGCACCUGCGCAAACAAUCGAUCCGCACCCUCUAGCAGGCAACAAGCGGCUGAACGUGACCUAUAGGUGCUACAAAGAAUAUUUGCAUCCGAAGUAUACGCCAAAAUGCAAGUGCGGUGUGCCCACUGUACUGCGAUGUGUACAGAAGCGAGCAGCUACGCGAGGCCGAUAUAUGUGGAUGUGCCACUCCGGAUAUACACCCGGCCAAAAAGGGUGCACAUACUUCGUAUGGGGAGAGUUUGAUGAGGAUGGGAAGCCGCCGUGGGCGGAAGGGUACAAAGGGAAUGUUAACACACCAGCUCUGCCUGCUGAGGGAAUGAGCGAAACGUGAGCGCACCUUCCGACAACACAUGAGCGCCCAGAACAGCUUCAAGCACAUCGUCGGGGAACCACGGUGCAGAAUGUUAGCGGAUGCUUUCCACUUACACCCUUUAAUGGGAUUACGGCAAGCAUCAUGCCGCACAGGCAAGUACUGCUUC